GUUCAAAUCCUGGCUCUAUCACUUUGUAACUCUGUGACCUCUAGCAAGUUAUUUGACCUUGAUGACUCAUAUAUGAAAUGGGAAUAAUAAUAGAGUUAUUAUUAGGAGCACAUUACAUGAUUUAUUUAAAGCACUUAGCACAACAGCUGUUUGUAAGGAAACACGUAAUAAAUUUUAGUUGCUAUUAUAAUUAAGUACUUGCAACGAUUUCUCAGAAGCCAUUUUAACCAGAUCAAAUCUGUGGGAAAAAGGCUAUUGAGCACAAAGUUUAGCUUUCCUGUUUCUAAAAUUGCACUGCUUAAAAAACUUAUAUACAUGGAUUCAUAUCUUAUUAACUUGGAGAUGUUGGGUAUUUGGUGUUCCUUCAAAAAUGUUUAUGCGUGGGUGUAAGUGACACCCCUUGAAUAAUAUGUAUCAGCACCUAUGUGGAUUUUGUCAAUUCUUAAUACCUAUUAUACUGCAUGUGUGAGACCGAAAUGAAUAAAAGCAGAGCUUAGGCAUUCCUGCCAAAGGAAGUGAGUUGAAAGGAGGAGAAGCAAAGCGUUUGCGAGAAGAAAAUUGUCCUAUCUCUCAGUCAGUGUCAGAAUGUGGAAAUGUUUACAAAAUGCUCAUUAAAAGAAAAAGGGAUUUCAAGAUAGAAACAAAAUCUGGUGCACAAGUUUACACUAGAGAGAUAAGAAAGGUUAGGCCCAUAUGGGGGAUUUUGUUAUCCAAUUACUGCAACCUGACUUUUGGGGGGAGAGGAAGAGUGGUAGGGGGAGGGAGAGAGAGCGAAAGAGUUUCCAAACUUGUCAACUCUGAUGACAUGAGACAUUUACGCUCCACCAGAUAAAACUGCCACUUAGAGCGCAGGAGAGCUAAACCUUCCUGGUUGGGCUGGGGGCUCCAACGGAGUCAUGGGUUCUCCGGCCCUGCCGCUGUGCGCUCUCUUCUGCUUGGCGGCUCACUUGGCUUCUGGCAGCCCCAUCAUGAGCCUUGAGCAGUCGCCUCUGGAAGAAGACAUGCCCCUCUUCGACGAUGUCUUCUCAGAGCAAGAUGGUGUCGACUUUAACACACUGUUACAGAGCAUGAAGAAUGAGUUUCUCAAGACGCUGAACCUGUCUGACAUUCCUAUGCAGGAUUCAGCCAAGGUUGACCCACCAGAGUACAUGUUGGAACUCUACAAUAAAUUCGCAACAGAUCGGACCUCCAUGCCAUCUGCCAACAUCAUUAGGAGUUUCAAAAACGAAGAUCUUUUUUCCCAACCAGCCAGUUUUAAUGGUCUCCGGAAAUAUCCUCUCCUCUUCAACAUGUCCAUCCCUCACCAUGAAGAGAUCAUCAUGGCCGAGCUCAGGCUGUACACCCUGGUGCAAAGAGACCGCAUGAUAUACGAAGGAGUGGACAGGAAAAUUACUAUUUUUGAAGUACUAGAGAACAAAGAGGACAGAGGAGGUGAAAGAAACAUGCUGGUUUUGGUGUCCGGAGAGAUCUAUGGAACCAACAGUGAGUGGGAGACUUUUGAUGUCACAGAUGCUAUCAGACGUUGGCAAAAGUCAAGCUUAUCCUCCCACCAGCUGGAAGUCCAUAUUGAGAGCAGACAUGAAGAAGCCGAGGAUCCUGGCAGGGGACAACUAGAAAUAGACAUCAGUGCCCAGAAUAAGCAUGUGCCUUUGCUCAUCGUGUUUUCUGAUGACCAAAGUAGUGACAAGGAGCUGAAAGAGGAACUGAACGAAAUGAUCGCUCAUGAGCAACUUCUGGAGCUGGACAGCCUGGGCCUGGAUGGUUUUUCCAGUGGCCCCGGUGAAGAAGCUUUGCUGCAGAUGAGGUCAAACAUCAUCUACGACUCCACUGCCCGAAUCAGAAGGAACGCCAAGGGAAACUACUGCAAAAGGACCCCACUCUACAUCGACUUCAAGGAGAUUGGGUGGGACUCCUGGAUCAUCGCUCCGCCUGGAUAUGAAGCCUACGAAUGCCGAGGUGUUUGCAACUACCCCCUGGCAGAGCAUCUCACACCCACAAAGCAUGCGAUUAUCCAGGCCUUGGUCCACCUCAAGAAUUCCCAGAAGGCUUCCAAAGCCUGCUGUGUGCCCACGAAGCUAGAGCCCAUUUCCAUCCUCUAUUUAGACAAGGGUGUCGUCACCUACAAGUUUAAAUAUGAAGGCAUGGCAGUCUCUGAAUGUGGCUGUAGAUAGGAGUCCUGUGGCUUAUUUAACAACUGUAAAUGUGUAUAUUGUGUUCUUAUUUAAUGCGAUUAUUUAAUGAGGGUGUACAGAUAAUAUAGGCUUACUGCCUUAGGGGAAGGGACAGGUCAGUUGGCUGUAGGAAAUGCAUAUUUUGCUCUACACUCUGGUCCCUUCCAAUCUGUUUUUCUUUUGACUUGCCGUUUUCUGGCAAUGUUGUCUCUCACAGCAAAUGGCAAGCCCGCUCUACUUGUCCUCUAUGUAAAUUUGGAAAUAACAACCCCUAAACAGAAAUAUAGUAUCAAAAGAUAAUAUUUGUAUAUGUAUAUGUGUACAUACAUGAAUUUAUAAAUAUCUUUUGGUUAUACAUAGGCCGAUUAGACCCAUAAAUGUAGAUGACUCGCUCAAACGUGUGUAGAUUAAAACCCAAUGGUAUGAUCUCAAUCACCCCUUCUCUGAGUAGGAUUUAUGUCAAGACUAUUUGUACCAGGUAUUUAACCACCCAAGAAGCCCUGGUGGCACAAUGGUUAAACUCUAGGCUGCUAAGUGAAAGGUCGGUGGUUCGAACACAUCAGCUGCUCCGAGGGAGAAA